AUUGAAACCAUACCAAAGCCUUUGGCCUUUUGCCAAAGCAAUUACAGUCUUUAUUUCUCAUUGGUAGAGGCGCCGUGGAUCGUUAUCAAUCAUCAAACUCAUUAAUUUCUUGUGACAGUUAGGCGGAGCUAACUCUUGACGGCGAAGAAGUGACAGGCGAUACUGAGCGCGUAUUGGCUGACGAGGUGUAAUGUUUUAUCGGGUUAUAGAUUGCACGUAGUUCAAACUAGACAUUGUGUGUGGAUCUCACUGGGCGGUAUGAGUAUGUUAUACAGAUAAAUGACUGUUGUAAAGCUGUAGAAAUGAUUGACAGCCAACUACUAGACUGUUGAAUUCAGUGUAAGCUGAGGUGUCUCUCCCUAUAGCAGGUCUUACAUCUGGAUAACGAGAAUAACUCACCAAUAUGUGUAUAUACAUUGUACGGAUUAAAACGUAAUAUUGUACGAAUUGAUGCGUUGAACGGAUUUUUUUCUUCAUAUUAUUGUGCUUAUCAUAUGUGGAUAUUUUAAUAUUUUUGUUGGAUAUUGUUAUUGAUAAAAAAACUCGUUUUAUAGUGGAUAUUUAAUACAAUUUAACAAUGAAUGAGUCAAAGAGUGAAAGUACUCCAAUUAACAUGUCGAGUAUUUUGUCGCCAAGUGUGGCCCAGUAUCUCCACCCGGAUUAUCUACAGCCUCUUCCAACCACGUUGGAUGCAAAAAAGAGUCCAUUAGCCCUGCUAGCGCAAACUUGCAGCAGUAUAGGCAAGGACCCAUCUCCUUCAAAACCAAUCAUACCACCUCUUGAAAAGGAGAAAAAAGAAUCAGAAAAAUCCUCAGACAAAAACAGCUCUAGCGAAAGCAGAAAAAGUCCGAGUAAUGACAGUGGUAACGAAUCCGGUCGAGAUUCGACGAAAAAAUCCGGUUACAAACCAGUUCCCCCAAAAGAAAUCCCACCUCUCGUACCGAUCUCAAGCUCUUCAAGUCGCAAAUCUAGUCCAGCACCAGGAACUUCUUCAGAAAGAGUCGGUGAAACUACAACAGUCACAACCUCAGUAAGUCGACCAGUGUCAUCUACAGGUUCGAACAAUGGUCAUAAUUCAAGUAGCGCAAGGGCUACUAGUACAACAUCCAGUGAAAGAGAUCGCGAUAGUGAACGCGAAAGAAGUGAUAGAAAUAGAGACAAUGCUUCUGACAAUAAACCAAACAGAUCUAGUCCCGACCAUUUCUCUUCUUCAACAAGCAAAAUCCCUGCACCAAUUCAUCCUGGUUUGAACGGUUUCGGGUCUGGAUUAUCUCAUCCAGGUUUAUCCUUAUAUGGACAUGCUUUUUCGCUGGAUCCAGCAUCCGUGAGUUCAGCAUACGCGUCGUCUCUGGCCGCGGCACACUCUGGAUAUAGUGGUAUUAGUGCUUCUGCAGCUGCAGCACUUGCUGCACAAAAUGCUGCACUUUCUAAAACUGGAUUAACACCAGGACUUUCUCCUUAUGUGUCAUAUGCUCGUGUUAGGACUCCAUCGGGUGCAACCACGCUUGUACCUGUAUGCAGGGAUCCAUAUUGUACAAACUGUCAAUUGACCAUCCAGAACAGUCAUGUCAGUUCGACAUGUACAGCUCCUGGUUGCUCACAAUGUGCUCAUGAGAAAUCCUUACAAAGUUUGAGUGCGCUAGGCAUGGCAGGUGCAUCGUCACUUUCUAUGCUGCCACAAUUUUCAAUGCAGAGUUCACUUCCCUCAAUACCAUCAGGUUUAUCAUCUUAUCCAGGACUUACAUCAUCUUUAUACGCUCACAGUCUUCUCGGUGGCGUCACUGGACACAGUCCGGGUAUGCCAUAUGUGUGUAAUUGGGUAUCAGGCAAUGAUUAUUGUGGUAAACGUUAUUCCACAUCCGAGGAAUUGCUUCAACAUCUUCGUACACACACAUCUAGCUCAGACUCGGCCUCGUCUCUAGCCAGUUAUGCUGCUCUUGGCCUACCACCACCACUUGGUCUGAGCGGUUACCCUCACGGGCCACUGCCGGCGCAUGGUGGUUUGAGCCCAAAUUCUCUUCGACGGGCAUAUCCAACAAUACCGAGCCCAUUGAGCAGUGUGUUAAGCGGAAGUAGAUAUCAUCCAUAUAAGUCGCCACUUCCGAGUGCUCCAACUGCUCUGCAGCCUGGACAACCACUUUCCACACUAGGUCCCUAUUAUUCUCCGUAUUCCAUUUAUGGCCAAAGAGUUGGAGCCGCCGCUGUCCCAUGACUAGAUCCAUUUAGAAACUGACAAUGUUGGAAAAGAAACAUUCAUAGAAUAAUAACAGUGCUAUAGUCUUAUAUAGACUCUAAUCUUAGAUAUGUUUUGUUUAACAAAACGUUCAAAAUAACGGAUAGACUUGUCGGAAUUAAAGA